GGGGGGCUGUGGGUGGGACCCUGGAGGAAGCGGGAGAGGCAUCAGGAAGCAAACCUGUGGCCCGGAGCCAGGCAUUGUCUGGGUCCCCCUGGCCGGAAGCUCAGUGGCCUCGGCAGUGGGACCUCAGAGGGCCUGCAGGAAGGCACAGCGCGACCUCCCCAGGAGCGAGCGGAACAGGCGCCCCUUGCUGCUGCUGCUGUGAGAAGGGAGGAUCCGGUGGCGGGCAGGAAAUCCCCGAGUGGCAGAGGAACUCAUUUCUCAUGUCUUGGCUGGCUGCAUUUCGAAGGCAUUCACCCCAGUGGAUUCCUAUGACCACCCAUAGACGCCACAAGUGCCCAGCCCCGAAGGGACAGGAACCAUCCGCCAGGCGCUCAGGCGGUCCUGGUCAUCAGGGUGGAGCCCAGUGUGUCGGCCCAGCAGAGGAGCACGGGCCUCCCACCCCGGGCCUUGGCCCCCCACCCUCGGGGAAAGUCACACGAGGGUGAGCCCACCUCCCACUGCUGGGGAGGUGGGUUUUGGGGUCAGGGUAUAUUCUAGAAGCUGUAGGGGCACCAGGGGUAACAACCCCUAUGCCUGGAGGAACCGGGGAGGGCUUCCCAGGAACACGGUGUGGGAACCAGCCCCAAGGCUGAGUGCUGGGUGGGCAGGCCAGAGAGCCCGUGGAAAAAACACAUCUGUGGCAGAAUUUUUUUUCAAUUUUUUAAAAAUUUUUAUUUAAUUUUUAGAAAGAGGGGAAAGAGGGAGAAAGACGGAGUAAAACAUCAAUGUGUGGUUGCCUUUCACGUGCCCCUUCUGAGGACCUGACCCAAAACCUAGGCAUGUGCCCCAACUGGAAAUCAAACCCUCGACCCUUUGGUUUGCAGGCCGGCACUCAAUCCACCGAGCCACACCAGCCAGGGCAGUGGCAGAAUUUUUGAUAGUCCUUCCCCAUGGGCCUCGGUCUGUUCACCCCACAACUUCCUAGGAGCUGCCACUUGCCCCUCCUUUCCUGUACUCAAGGUUCCCAUCUCCUCCCUCCAUUUGCUUUCCCAUUCCUGCCCACCCCCUCCAACCCACGCCCAGUUCUGUUCUGGGUGGCCUGGCUGUGACCUUGAAAGCACUCAGCCAAGUCUUGCUUCCCAAAAUUGGCCCUGCACAGCCCUGAGCGGCCACCUGUCCAGCUGUUCCCAAGCCCCCACCUGCUGUCACCCCUGUGCAUGAGAGGCCCCGUCUCCAGACCACGUGCUCAUCAGCCCCAGGCCUCUCGACACUCAGUUGGACCAGAGACUCACUGUGGACAUGGAACUUGUCUGGCUCCCUGCCUGGCGCCUGUUCUGCCCGCUGCUGUCUGCCACCAGGCCUGGCCUAGCUAGGGCCUCGGCCCCCUGGCAGCUCACCCUCCAAUCCUCCCUGAGUGGAGAGGCCAGAGAGAAGCCUCUCCCAUCGUGGCACAGCCCUCUUUAAAACACACUGAGGUCAGGGCUCCCAGGGGCCUGACACCUGCGCCCUACCCCCAGCAUUCCCUGGUACAAGCUGCUCUGAUGGGCCAGGGACCCGUGGGCCGUGCACAGCCCAGCCUUGCAUGCGCAGCUCAAGGUUUGUUUCCUGGAGUGGCCGUAAUGAAGGACCACAGGCUGGGUGCCUUAAACAACAGAACUGGAUUGUCUCAGAUUUCUGGAGGCCGGAAGUCCAAGAUCAAGGUGUCAGCAGGCCUUGUUCCUUCUGGUGGCUGCCGGCCGCCUUGGCUGAAUGCUCCGCCACUGCUUGCUUCGUCUCUGGCCCAUGAAGCAGUUUCCCAGCUGCUGCAGACAGACCUGUCUGAAUUCAGGACGCUGCCCAGGCAGGAGGAGGACAGCGAGGAAGUGGAGGAGCAGAAGGCCCCUGUGACCCUGCUGGACGCCAAGGGCCUGGCGUGGAGCUUCUUCAACCGGCUCUGGGGAGUAUGCAGCCAGUGGCAGAAGCAGGUGCCCUCGACGGCCCGGGUUCCACCAAGGCAGUGGCUGGUCUCCAUUCACGCCAUCCGGAACGCUCGCCGCAGGAUGGAGGACCGGCACGUGUGCCUCCCUGCCUUCAACCAGCUCUUCGGCCUGUCCGACGCCGUGGACCGAGCCUACUUUGCAGUGUUCGACGGUCACGGGGGACUGGAUGCCGCGAGGUACGCUGCAGUGCACGUACACGCCAAUGCGGCUCGCCAGCCGGAGCUGCGCACCGACCCUGCGGGGGCCCUCAGAGAAGCUUUCCGGCGCACCGAUGAGAUGUUCCUCGGGAAGGCCAAGCGCGAGCGGCUGCAGAGCGGAACCACAGGCGUGUGCGCGCUCAUCGCGGGAAAGACCCUGCACGUCGCCUGGCUUGGGGACUCCCAGGUUAUCCUGGUACAGCAGGGACAGGUGGUGAAGCUGAUGGAGCCACAUAGACCCGAGCGACAGGACGAGAAGGAGCGCAUCGAAGCCCUGGGGGGCUUCGUGUCUCACAUGGACUGCUGGAGAGUCAACGGGACCCUGGCCGUCUCCAGAGCCAUUGGGGAUGUCUUCCAGAAACCCUAUGUGUCUGGAGAGGCAGACUCAGCCUCCCGGGAGCUGACUGGCUCUGAGGACUACCUGCUGCUGGCUUGUGAUGGCUUCUUUGACGUGGUCCCCCACCAGGAGGUCGCCGGCUUGGUGCAGAGCCACCUGGUCCAGCAGCAGGGCAGCGGGCUACGUGUCGCUGAGGAGCUGGUGGCUGCAGCCCGGGAGCGGGGCUCCCAUGACAACAUCACGGUCAUGGUGGUUUUCUUCAGGGACCCCCAGGACCUGCUGGAGGGUGGGGCCCGGGGGGUCGGGGACUCCCAGGCAGACAGGAGAAGCCAGGACGUGCCCUGUGACCUCUCAGAGGCGGAGAACAGCACUCCAUGGAGAAGUGAGGAGGCCCAGCCCCCCAGUGGUACCCGCCUGUGACCCCACCCCUCGGAUGUCCUAGUACCCGACAUGUAGUGGUGGCAGGUGGGCACCACCCAAGCAGUGCUUUCCCCUGGGACUCCCGAACCCAUGCGCUGCUCCCGUGGGUCUGUCCCGACCUCUGCGGAACUGCGUGGGAUGGUGGGCGUCGUGCCUCGCUCGUGACGGGCCGUGGAACAAAGGAAGCCUCACCAAAGCGAAGCUGACCCGGGAACUGGACUGGCCCUUGCUCCCCAUGGGGCAGGGGUGGAACCAGAGGACCAAAGACACCGGGCAGUGCGUGGGGCAGCAGACACUGUGUGAGCCCUUGGGCAGACCCAGGGUGCCCGGCGCAGGUUUCUCCCCCACUCCUCAUUGGCUGUAGCGGGGGUUCGUGUCUGCAGACAUGCCUGGCCAGGCCUGGCUGAUGGAGCUCACUCCCCACACAGGAGAGGAUCGGGGAUCGGGUCUACGGCGGUCACCCACCUGCAUCAUGGCAGCUGUGACAUGUGGCCCUGGCCUCACCGGCCCCUCGCGUCCCCCCCACACACCCGGGGGGGGCAGCUCAGAGAUGCUACGCUUGUCUGUUGUGUGCCAACCCCCCACCACCCCCACCCCCGCCCCCACCCCGGGGGAAAGUCCGAUCCAGAAAAGCAGUAUUUCAGGUUUUGUCUUUGUUCUGUCAGUGCCAAGAGGGCCUGUUUGUCUAAUGAGCAGAGCUUAGCAUUUAUUUUAUUCCUUAGAAAACUUAACGUAUUGAUAUUUUUUAGGGGAAACUUCUUUUGCAGUAUUACUGAUUUUUUUUUCUUAAAUCAAGAUUGAAACAAAAACCUUUCCAGGUAGUGUUAAUAAGCCAUUCAAGUGCCUUAAACAGUUCUAGGUAAGGCUGGACCUGCCAGGCCUCGGAUGGGCUCUAAGAGGCACGUUUAAGUUUCCACAGAAGUGGGGCUAAUGUUGUGACAGCGGAUGGUUUAGGCCAGAAUUCUUCCCAGGAGAGUUCUGUCUGACUCGGGGAUGUGCCAUGGGCAGCAGAGUGGUCGGUCCCCAAGAGCGUAGGCUGUGCGGCGUGGCCCAGGCCAGGCUGCAGGACUCCGGGAGCUCAGGGUGACCGUGGUCCCUGCCUGAUCCCCACUUUCCUUGGCCCUGCCUCUUGGUAUCUGGCUGGACUUUAGGCUGAGAGCUUGAGCUCCACGAGCAGGCAGAUCCUUGCUGCUGUUUGGAAUGUUCCAGGAUGUCUCGUGUGUUGGCAGUUGGAUUGAUUUCAUUCAGAAACACACAUAAGAGGCUCUGGCGGGUCUGAUGUAGCUGGCGGGUCUGUUUGGAGGCAGCGGGAGUGCAGCUGGGAGUCUGUCCCACCCACCCAGCCCUUGCCCCUCUUUUUGCCAAUAGCUGACAGCCUCUGCUGCCUUGCUGUGUCUGCCCCCAGCCUUGCCUGCCUGUGAGAGCCUGUGCCCAGGUCCCCUACUGCCCUGGGAAGGUGAAGCUGAUGUUGCGGGGGUGAUACAACCACUGUGUGGAGUAGAAAGUAGUGAGGGCUCCAGGUGGGACCUGGGCUGCCGUGUGGGCAGGGCUGCUGCAGGCAGAGGCUGGUGGUCUGGGAAGGGCAGUGGGUGGCUUAACCAAGGCCUCUGCAGGAUGUUCCCUGGGCGCUAGGCAGUGGGAGGAAGCUUGGUGCCAGGGCCCCACGCCAGGAGGUACGGAGGAAGCAUUCUGAGUCUACCCACAGCAGCAGGGCCCCAGAAAGGUCUGCGCAGAGAGCCCCCUGAUCCCAGCGGCACUGAGGGGAGUCUUGGGGAAGGAACAGAUGGUGGAAGCCAUCCCUCCCGAAGUGAUUGGGCUGUCCAGAGGGAAGGGUGGGAGCCUUGGGGCGCCAUUGCCUGUAGGCUGACUGUACCCCUCCCCUAGAGCAGGAUGAAGAUGCGCAGACCAUGUAGUCAGUGCCUUGCUUAGGGUCUCGUGAUAAAAGCAUCUUAAACACGGGCACUGCCGUUCAGAGAAUGUUCGGCAGCCAGCAUGACCAUGUGUUGCCCCAUUUCACUCGAAGGCCCCGGUGCCUUCUGGGGGCCAGAAGCCCCUUUGUCAGCCCCUCCCAGCACAAGGCUGGGCGUGGCCUGACUGGAAGGAGCGGGUGGUGGGCUUGUUUUUCCUCUUUUCUUUGCUAAUCUUAUUCCAUGGAUUGCUACCAAGAGAGAAGCUUCGCCAUGUGGGGUCUGGAUUACACCACUAGAUGGUCUGCUUUGUGCCCUGGCUGGAGGCCCCACCAGGACAUUUCUCCAGGCUUGUCCUCAGUCUGGCUGGCCUGCCGGCCCAGGAGGCCGUGCUCUCCUGCUGUGCCCCUGGGCACCGAGCAGGUCUUUUCCAUCAGGACCAGCUGCAGGGGGAGCCACUGGGAGAUCUGCAACCUGCAAGCAGCCUGCUCCACUCCCUCUUCAGGCCACAGUCCCAAGGGGACCCCUAGCUGAGACACUGGUCUGGAAACUUCGAUCCCCCUCUUGAGUCCCAGCUUUGCCACCGGCUCCUUAUGUGAGCUGCAUAAGUCAUUGCACCUCCCAGGGCCUCAGUUUCCCCUUUUUCGGGCACAGUGUUGCAUGAGUCUGCAGCAGCUCCUAGAAUUCUGGAGGUGCAGGGAGGCCCUGGGGCGAACCCAGCACAUCCUGGAGAGAUGCUGCCAGCGCUGAGGCCCCUCCCCCACCGCCAGCAGGGUGAUUAAGUAUUACUAGUGUCUAUUCUUAAAACUAAGUGGGUUGGAAAAGAAUUGAGCUACUGAUGCCAGGGUUUUAUGUGGAAUACAAAAGCUGGAGAACUCUAGCUCCGCUUUUAAGAACUCUAGCUCCGCUUUUACAGGUAGAGCCGAUCCCAAGCCAGCAGGGGUGGGAGAGGAGGCAGCUGAGGUGAGAGGGCCUGGGAGGGGGGCAGGCACAGUGGGGCUCCCCAGGGCAGCCAGUCCAGCUACCCACUGCUGAAAUCCAGAGGUGAACACGUGACCUCCCCUACCCAGCCUAUCCUCAGCACCCAGGGCUAGGAAAUGGGCGUAUUUUAGGGAGAUAGCAAUAGGGUGCCAGGCCCCAGGGAGAAGCACGGGCUUGCUGAAGUCCUGGGUCAGCUUUUGGCUGCAGUGCCGUCUCCCGCCCUCCCUGAGCCCACUGCAGUCGCGGCCUCGCCCCCUCCCCAGCUACCUCAGCAGUGUUCCUAGGGCUGCGGGCCCAGCUCUGACGGGCUUGGCCCAAUGCCAGCCCUGUGGGAGCCAGGUGGGCUAGUGCAGACCGGGCUGUUUGGUUCCAUCCUGCCCAUAGCCCAGAGGGGCAGCCCCUGGGGCCUGGGCUUUCCUCAGGCCCCACAGCUUUGCCAAACUUGCCGUGCUUUGCCAUUCACACGCUGUGCCAGCCUUGACGAGGGUUUAUCUGUACGAAUUUUAUGAGGUUCUGUGGAGGAUGGGGGUCCUUUCUAAGGCAGGGUGGCUAUUUACUCUGCCUGCAGGGACAAGCCCCAAGGUAAGAGGCCAGAAAGGCCGUCUCCUCCCAGGGCUGCUGUGCUCAAGUGUCAAUAAAACACAAGUUCUGAAAUGUG